AGACGUACAAAUAGAGUCCUUUCACUCCGUCUUCGUUUCUGUUCGGAGAGACACGCCACCAUGCCUGAUCCAUCUAAAUCUGCUCCGGCUCCGAAGAAGGGCUCUAAGAAGGCCGUUACUAAGGCGCAGAAGAAAGACGGCAAAAAACGCAAGCGCAGCCGGAAGGAGAGCUAUUCUAUCUAUGUGUACAAGGUGUUGAAGCAGGUGCAUCCAGACACCGGCAUCUCUUCCAAGGCCAUGGGCAUCAUGAAUUCCUUCGUCAACGACAUCUUCGAGCGUAUUGCCAGCGAGGCCUCUCGCCUGGCGCACUACAACAAGCGCUCCACCAUCACGUCCCGCGAAGUGCAAACGGCAGUGCGCCUGCUGCUUCCCGGGGAGCUGGCUAAACACGCUGUGUCUGAGGGUACCAAGGCUGUCACCAAGUACACCAGCUCCAAGUGAAGCGCCCCGCGAUGCGCCCUGAACCCAAAGGCUCUUUUCAGAGCCACCCACACCUUCGAGAAAGGGUUUUGAACACAGUUAAGUGUUACGUAACUUGUCUGUGUGAGCCGUAGCGGUUAUCCUGGUUACUGAGUGCGGCUGGGCCUCAGUCAUGUGUGCGUGUGAAGGGAAAGCGAGAAUAACUGCUGGUUAAAGAAAUCUGAGGAUGGAAACCGUGACCAAGCGAAAUAGCUCGGUAAUAUGCGAGGGGUUGUGGGGGGAGGCGAUCGAGGAUCCCGCUGUGUCCACUCUUGCUUCCCUUCAGCUAUUAAUGUAUUAUGACGCAAAAAUAGGAACCUUUAGUUUCAGAUUUUCUUUAAUAACAAAGGCUAUUUUCCUGACAAGAGCGUGUACACCCUACCCAGGGCUAGGUCCAUCUGAGCUUGGCGUGCCCCGUGCAGGUGGAGCACGAGGUUCACCCCCUCCCGCCAUGACCCUGUGCUAAUCUUCACUUCUCUCAGCCCCCUUUUGUGGGUGAGGACGUCGGUGGCGCUAGAUUCCUAGCUCCGCGAGGCUCAGGGUGUUGUCAGGAUGCUCCAGCCGUGGAGCCUUGGCUCUGCGUUUACUCAUAGACAUUUUUAUCUCUGCCUGGAUUAGACAAACCCCUUUAUGCUGAGGCGUUGAACAUUGUCAGAGAUUGUUGGGCAGGAUGUUUGAAAUUGAAAUCGAAAAGCGGUGACAUAGCGCCCUGUGUUGCCGGAGCUAGGCAUAAAUGAGCAAGCCCACUGCUGGCGGGCGGGGAAAGGGUCAUUACAAGAGGAAAGAAUGACCUUUACAAGAGGAAAGAAUUGCCCAGCAAAUGUAGCUGGCGGCCACCUUAUUUUCUGUGAAGCGUUAGCGACACAAAAUUUCCUUUUUUCCUCUCGAAUUACUGGCGUUUAUUUGGAAAGUGCCCAUUUUGGCUCAGGAAAAUGCUUUGGCAUAAAGAAUUUUCCCUCUAGAAAUUCCUUUUUUACACUCUUUUGAAACAUAUUCUUUUCUUGGCUUAUUUAUAAAAAGGAUUCCUAAUAAUUACUUCUCGAGCUGUUGAGAAUUAGAAUUAUUGAGAGUUUUGUAAUGUUUCUGUCAAGAAGUAAAAAUUCAGUAAAAUUAAGUAAAAGAUCUCCUCCCCCCCUCCACCCCCCCAGCCAUGUCCGCAAAGGGAACCAGUAGCGUGCCGGGGCUGGGGGAAGAAACGUCACCACACCGACAUCUUCAGCCACCAUGGCCGUUAUCACCUCUCCUCCCCCUUUAUUUCCUACGUGAAAAACUCACGUGUUUUAAAGUUGUCAUCUUAAAUAUUUUUAUCAUAAGUUCUAUUAGUUGCAAGGAUGCAAAUCCCUACAUAGGACUUCUUAAAAUUCAAAUUCGUUCUAUCAGUCUUUUAAAGGAACCUAUUGGAAUAUCAAUUUGAUACAUAACCACAAUAAAUACGUGACCAAAAUUUUCUUUUGACUGUGAGCUAUUUUAGAUAAUUUUUUCUUCCUAAAGGCAUAUUUCUAUUCCCUUUUUGCCUCAGAAUCCUACCAUCGUAUAUAUACAUAUAUUAUGUCUAAUAGUGCUUUAUAUAUGUCUUUUUUUUUUUUUGCAAGAAAGGUUGUAAAUUUAAAUAAUUCUAGGUAACUGAAAGUCCGUGUUUAAAAAAUCAUUUGGGGGAGGCGCCUGUGGCUCAAAGGAGUGGGGUGCCGGCCCCAUGUGCCGGAGGUGGCGGGUUCCGGUUCAGGCCCAGCCCCGGCCAAACACUGCAAAAAAUAAAAUAAAAUAAUAAAAAAUCAUUUGGACAGUGCACUAUUAUUUAAAACAUAAAUAAGUUUUGAUAGAUUAUCAAACAAAAAACAUUUUACUGGAACUUUUACAAAGAGAGAAGAAACUGGCUCUUUUAAUGAGUAAUGGUACACCCUGCUGUC